AUGAAGCGCGUCAAGCACCCUAGCGGGGUGGAUAUCCUUUUCGAUGCGAAGUGGCAUCAAUACAAGCUCGGCAACACCGCCCUCCGCUCCGUUUCGAAGCUGCUCGAUCGCUAUUUUCCGUUUGACGAGGCAAACGUGCUGCGGCACGUCGCGCGGAAAACGGGCGCGCCCGUGGAGACGAUCAAAAAAGGAUGGGCGCGCCAGGCGCUGCUCGGCAAAAACGUCCACGAGUAUAUCGAAUGCAGCCUCACCGGGCGGCCGCCGCCCGCCUUCACCCUGCUCUUAGAAGCCCAAGGACGCGCGAAGCAAGGCAGGGGUGAAAUCGCCGAUGAAACGGAAAAAAAAGACGCGCCGGAAGGGGCGGAAAAGGGGUCGAUCCUGCAUGGCGAGGAGGGGCUUUACCUCCCGGUCGCGGAGGCCGCCGUGGCGGCGGUGCGCGGCGGCUACGACGUCCUCGCAUCCGAGCUGGUGGUGGCGUCGCCGGAGUGGGGAAUCGCCGGGACGAUCGACCUCCUCGCGCGUGAAAAACGUACCGGCCGCGUUCUUCUCGCGGAUUGGAAAACCACCGGCAGCGUCAGCUCCAGUUUCCGUUUUGGUUCGUUUGAAACGCCCUGCACGGGGUGUCUGCGGCACCUCCCGAACGCGAAACCCUAUCGUUACGCGAUGCAGCUCCUCAUCUACGGCGAGAUCCUGAAGCAGCAGCGGUAUAUUGAAUCCGGCUACCUCGACAAGGUCCUGCGGGGAUCCUGCAACGGCCACCAGGUCGACGUCGCGCCGCUCCGGAAGGAGCUCGCGGCGGAGCUGGAGUACGGCCUCGUCCAGUUUUCCAAGAGCGACGAAGGGAAUGUGGUCGUGGAGUUUAAAAAGGUGACGGAGAAAACGGUGCUGCCGCCGGAUGAACACGAAGCCGACUUUGUGCAGAUCAUGCAGAAGGUGAUGUUGGGGCUGUAG